AUGACUGAGGGCCUCGAAGAAUUCCUCACACGGGCCAUUACCGCCGGCAUCCUGAACGACCAGUUCCGCGAAUUGCUCUCCCUGCAGGACCCCAGCGACCCUGGUUUCGUGCGGGGCAUUAUCGAUCUGUUCCUGAAUGACAGCCGCAAGAAGCUCAUGAGCCUGCAGGAGGCAGUCAUGUCCCACGAUGGGGAGGCGGCUGCAGCCCUGGCCCACCAAAUGAAGGGUAGCAGUGCGAGCCUGGGCGCCCCUGCCCUGGCCGCACGCUUCUCUGCCCUCGACAGGCUGGCACGGGACGGCCACACGAAUGACAUGGGGUUGUGCCUGGCGGAAGUAUAUGAUUCCUUCCACGUGCUGCAGCAGUGCUUGAGGGAGUAUCUGGCCCUCGGGGUGUAG